AUGCAGAUGAAUAAAUUUUUUGACACAAAAAAACGCUUAUCAGUCGCUUUUAUCGUUACCAAAUUCGCAUGAGCUUUCACAGUAAUUAGGAAAUUUCAUUUUCUGAAAAAUCACAAUUUUUCCAUUAUCUUCUCUUUGUUUUUUUUUGGCAUGGCUUGGAAAAUUCAUUAUGAAAAUUUUGCAAAUAGGUACUGCUGAAAGAUUCUCUUCUUAGGAAAUAAAAAUGACUCUAGUUGUACAAUUCUUGCAUAA